UUCGACUUGUCCUUCCGCAGGCGUGUCCCUCCGCAGGGCGACGGCCAAGGAGGGUGACGGGAAACUGGCAAGGCGGGAACCGGGAGUGCUAGGAUCACGGCGGUGGCUGUGAGGCGGUCAGGGAAGACCAUCGGAAGAAGAGAAUUUGAGAAGCUAUUGUAAGUACACUAAGAAGAUUGAAGAGGAAAGGAACCCCAAAAAAGAUCCCAGGAGAGAGAACAGGUCUAGUGCUAUUCUCAAGGCCUUGGGAGUGACUCAACACAGGCCUCCGUCCUGCCCUUAAGGUGACCUCAACAGUAGGUGUUACCAAAAUGUCCAACCCCUUCCUCAAGCAAGUUUUCAACAAGGACAAGACAUUCCGGCCCAAGCGCAAGUUUGAGCCUGGCACUCAGCGCUUUGAGCUGCACAAGAAGGCACAGGCAUCACUGAAUGCGGGGCUGGACCUGCGGCUGGCCGUGCAGCUGCCCCCAGGUGAGGAGCUUAAUGACUGGGUAGCCGUGCAUGUGGUGGACUUCUUCAACCGUGUCAACCUCAUCUAUGGCACCAUCAGUGAUGGCUGCACCGAGCAGUCCUGCCCCAUCAUGUCUGGGGGCCCUAAGUAUGAGUACCGCUGGCAGGAUGAGCAAAGGUUCCGGAAGCCCACUGCAUUGUCAGCACCCCGGUACAUGGACCUGCUCAUGGACUGGAUCGAGGUACAGAUCAACAACGAGGACAUCUUCCCUACCAACGUUGGCACACCGUUCCCCAAGAACUUCCUGCAGGCCGUGAGGAAGAUCUUGUCUCGGCUCUUUCGUGUCUUUGUGCAUGUCUACAUCCACCACUUUGACCGCAUCGCCCAAAUGGGCUCUGAGGCCCAUGUGAACACCUGCUACAAGCACUUCUACUACUUUGUCACCGAGUUCAACCUUAUCGACACCAAGGAGCUGGAGCCCCUGAAGGAAAUGACCUCUCGGAUGUGCCACUAAGAGCCUAGGAUGCCCCAGUCUUGGAGACAUCUUUGAGAUAUGCAGCCAAGCGACUGUGAGACCAUUAGGAGUCCAGUGGGGACUAUGGAUCCUCCUUUUCUUCUCUGGGAGCAGCAGCCACAAGUCCUUACCACCUCCCUGAGUCCUGGGCUCCUGAGCUGUCAGCAGGCGGUCUGAACUUGAACUCUGCAGUGUUCUGUGCUCUCAGCAAUGGGAAACCCACUCUGUCCAUAAACCACAACACCCACAGGAGGUGGGAGAGCUCAACCUCCCACCCCGCGCCCCCCACCCCCGCCCUGGUGGCCCUUCUCAGACUUGUACCCCACCCCCAUGCUGACCCUAUCUUGACCUCUGACCUUGUGCCUGCAGCUCAGCCUCCUACUUUAGAGCUUCUAUGGCCCACUAACAGGUGACUUUUCCAGAGGUACGACCAGGCUGCAGUGCUGUACUCCAUAGCAUUCCCGUCCAGGUUAGGACUCCAGGUGCUGGGCCCACGUCAUCCGCACCUUCCCCUAUUACAAAACUUUUUUUUUGGUCAGUUGUGGGGCCUGAACUCUGGGCCUAGGUGCUGUCCCUCAG